UUCAUUCAGACUGUCGAAGUCUUUGGGAAUGAACGUAACUUUGAUCCCCGAAUCGAAAACCUUCACCUAAAAGCACACCAUUUCUCUCAAGCCUACAGUCAAAAAUGCGUGAAUGUAUCUCAGUCCACGUUGGUCAAGCCGGCGUUCAAAUCGGAAACGCAUGUUGGGAGUUGUACUGCCUUGAACAUGGAAUCCAGCCCGAUGGUCAAAUGCCUAGUGAUCAAACACUAGGUGGAGGGGAUGACUCAUUCUGUACGUUCUUCAGCGAGACAGGAGGAGGAAAGCACGUACCUCGAGCUGUAUUCGUAGAUUUAGAACCAACAGUCAUUGAUGAAGUUCGUUCAGGCACAUACCGACAACUCUUCCAUCCUGACCAGUUAAUUACUGGAAAAGAAGACGCCGCUAACAACUAUGCUCGUGGACACUAUACCAUUGGCAAAGGCAUGAUUGAUGAUGUGUUGGACAAAAUUCGAAAAUUGAGAGAAUGUAUCUCAGUACACGUUGGUCAAGCCGGCGUUCAAAUCGGUAACGCAUGUUGGGAGUUGUACUGCCUUGAACAUGGAAUCCAGCCCGAUGGCCUAAUGCCUUCUGAUCAAUCRCUCGGCGGAAGCGAUGACUCAUUCUGUACGUUCUUCAGCGAGACAGGAGGAGGAAAGCACGUACCUCGAGCUGUUUUCGUAGACUUGGAGCCUACAGUAGUCGAUGAAGUCCGUACGGGUCGUUAUCGCCAGCUCUUCCAUCCCGACCAGUUACUGACGGGCAAAGAAGAUGCCGCUAACAAUUAUGCUCGCGGGCAUUAUACUGUAGGCCGAGAAGUAAUUGAGCUUGCGCUGGGCAGAAUCAGGAAAUUGGCAGACCAAUGUACUGGUCUUCAAGGAUUUCUCAUCUUCCAUUCAUUUGGUGGAGGCACCGGUUCCGGAUUUUCCUCUCUUCUUAUGGAGCGUCUGUCCGUCGACUAUGGCAAGAAAUCAAAGCUUGAGUUUGCAAUCUAUCCAGCUCCGCAAAUCUCCACUGCUGUUGUGGAGCCAUACAACUCGGUCCUGACCACCCACACCACACUCGGGCACUCUGACUGCGCAUUCAUGGUUGACAACGAGGCUAUUUUUGAUAUCUGUCGUCGCAACCUCGAUAUUGAAAGACCUUCUUAUAAGAAUUUGAACCGUCUGAUUGGCCAGAUCGUGUCGUCCAUCACGGCUUCUUUACGCUUCGAUGGUGCUCUGAAUGUGGACUUGACUGAGUUCCAGACCAACUUGGUACCCUACCCACGUAUCCACUUCCCCUUGGC